AUGGCAAUCUGGGCAUGUAUUGCACGCUCCGGGUUGGUCGUUUCGAAGAUUAUAGCAUGUUCCGGACUUAGCUACUUCAUAUCUCACUUUUUCUCUUGGACUGAGAAGAGCGUAGGGGGGUUUGCGGAUGUCUCGCUCAUGAUUUUCCUUCCCUCCCUCACCUUUGUGAGCAUUACCAAAUUUGAAAAUGCAGAACGUGCUUACAUGUUUCUUUGGGCAGCGAUAUUUGCCUGUGUGCCUCGAAUAUUGGCCCUGGCAUCUGCUACACUACUCAGGUGUGCUUACCCAACCAGGUGGCACGGCCUAGUUAUGCUGAGCUGCGUCCUGCAGAACAGUUUCACAUUUGGUCUCGGAACACUUUUUAUGCUCAAGGGGAUUCCAUGGUUCACUAAUGAAGUAGGAGAGGAGGCGAUUGCAUUUUUUCUUUGUUACAGCACCGUCAACUUUCUGGUUUGCUGGCUUACCGCAGAGUUGAUUGUGAGGCCUUACGCGAAGGCACCUGUAGCUGUUCUGUCUGCGUGCGCUCAGGAAAAAGCAGAGGGUUGUGAGAGAGAAAUGUCGUGUCGAGAGGAGGAGAACAGAUGCGGGAUUGUGAAGGAUACCGCCACCUCCGAUAAUCGGCUUCGGACAACGCGGGAAACGGGUGCAACGCCUCCACUCUACGCGCCUAAAGGGGAACCAACCCGUGUGUCUGCCAAUGAAGCAGGAGAGCAGUGCGCCCCGACCAGCGGCGGAGGGUCGGAUGAUGUGAUUCACAACAGUGCGUCCUCUUCAUGUUUUUCCGUCAAAACGCUCAAACUGGUGCUGGGCGUUAUUAGAAAACCGUUGAUUGUCACCACUGUUAUUGCCAUUAUUGUCAGCAUGACACCAAUUCGAAGGGUUCUACACGUCCCAGUUCUGGGAACGACGUUGGUUGGGGGCAUGAAGUUGGUGGCUUACGGAACCCUGCCGCUUCAUUUUCUUCUGCUGGGCUACGAAGCUGGACGCACGUGGAAGGUACAUGCGACUACGGCUUCUGAGAGGGCAGACGCAGCGCAGGGAGAUUCUAGAGAUGGCCAUGGUGAAGUCUCUGGUUGGGAGACUUCGGCGGGGCGGCGAGAUAGCGAUGAUACACAGAUAAAGACUUUUGUGCUAGCUUUCGCUUUGGCCUUCAAUGCACACGUCGUAGUACCUCUGUUGUGCUUCCUCAUUAUAUUAGCAUUCAAAACGUACGAUCUCAUACCAACAUCUAAGAGUUUCCUUCUCGCCAUUUUUGUUGGUUCGUGUGCCCCUUCUGCCAUUGAUCCCUUCCUUAUUUGCUCCAACAACGCCUUGCUGCCGCUUGCUUACUCAAAGAUUAUGCAUGUAAUGGUUCUCAGCGGUGGUUUAACUACAUUUGCGUGGCUUUCGGUUUAUUUGUGCGUCUUGGAGGAAUAA